AUGCGUCUCACAGCCGUGGCAGCAGCCGUUGCCACUCUCACAACCGCAGUGUCGGGCUUCCUCAUCCCACCAAGCAAUGUGCUACACCCAUUACAGAAGACACGACCCACACAGAAAAACCAUAUCGCCGAGCCCAUUCAGAAGACCCAGAUACCACCAUCAGAAGCAUACUCAAUAGCAAGUCUUUUGAAUCAACCAACAGCAUGGAAGAUCGCCCUGGCGUGCCCUGGCUGCACGUGGGAGGGUGUCUCGGAAACAGAACAACAACCCGAGACCGUGAUCGAGAUCACUCUCGACGCUGACAAGCACAAUGGCCUGCUCGUCAACAAUAUUGCCACCAUGAUGCCAGAUGCAGGCCUGAUCAAGCCUUCGACUGUCGGACUAGUGGCUAGACAACGCCGGGUCGAUUCUGGAGAGCUCACGACCGACCGACCACUCGACUUCGUCCUCGAACGACUCCUACCAGUCAGACCAUGGACUCACCAGGCAGAAGAAGGAGUUGCGAUCCAGCCUGUGUUGUUCACAGUGGUCGGCUUCAACGGCAAGCCAGUCAAGGUCGAUACCGUAGCGAUCGACAUCGUUCAAGGCCGCAAAGACUGGAAAGUGGGCCGAGUCGCGACCGUGCCGUUCGCAAAGACACCCGGCGCAGUGAGCUGCGAAGGCCGCACAGGGUGGAGCUACUGCCGCGUCAAGGCCAUCAUCCAGUCUCGUGUCCUGGAGACCAUUCGUGCGCUACGCGCAAAGGGCAAGCACGCCAAAGCUUGGGCUGGCGGUCGCGGUUGUCAUGGAGGCAUGCGACACACUGGGCAUCACGGCCACCAUAUGCGUGCGCACAAAUGGGCGAAGAUGCUGCACUCGACACUGCGAUUCCUGGUCAUUCCAGCGCUACUGGGCGUUAUCGGAGGUCUUGUUGCCAGUGCUGUCGGUAUGCUUGUGGGUCAAGCUGCUGUCCUGCUGUGGGCGAAAUUCGGGCGAAACAGCCGCAGGAGGCAGGCUAGUGGCCACGGUCCGGCAAUCGAGAUCAUUCUCUGUGAGGACGAGAAGUGCAGGCUGCUGUUGGAGGGUGAAGAGAAUCUGCCUUCACCGCCGCCUAGAUAUGAGGACGUUGAAGCAGGACCAGAUUUGUAUACAGCAGAGAAGCAAUAA